AUGGACCCUUCUUCAGUGACUCCCCCCUCACUUUACCACUCACCAGCAGCCAGCACGCCUUCAACCGAAUACACUAUUGAUAGCUUUCUUUCUCCUUCAAUUCCUUCUCAUUCGUUGGGUGCUAAUGAAACAGCCAUUGCUAUUUCACCCAGAGCUUCAUGGCCAAAGAUUAGCAACACGGCACCCAAGGAUGAUGUAUACCGUGUUAUGCAAGCCGUGGCUAUCGAUGUUGUGGAGGUCAUCAUGACCCAUUAUUCCCAUCAAGGUGGUCUCGCAAAUCAAUCUCUGGUAUCAGGAACAACGGAUCAAGCCGUGAAGUUUUUGACGGAUGAUCCACGUUUGCAACAAGAAUAUUACAGGGACGUCAUGUUUGAGCUUGACAAACUCAUUAUGCAACAAGAACGUUCCUUAACUCACAUUCAAGUGCCGACACCGGAGAUCACAAUGACCAAUGAUAAUGCGUUGUCGCCACCAUCGGCCGCACCACCACCACCACCACCACCACCAGAGGCAUCCACAGCUCGUGCCAUUCCAUCCACAAAAGCUGAUAAGAAAUGGAAGUGCGAUCAUUGUGGGGCUCCAUGUUCACGAAGCGAUGCAGUAAAACGUCAUUGGCGUGAAUCAUGUACAUUAAAUCCCGAGUCAAAGAAGGUGAAGAAGAUGAUAUCGCAGCAGCAGCAGCAGCAGCAGGUUCUUUUUCUAGGCAACCAGCAGCGUUGA